UGAGCAUGACAAGAAACUUGAUUAUUCCCGACUAUGAAUAAUGUUAGAAUUGUUUAUGACAAGAUUGGUAUACAUGGGCCACCUAAAUGAACUGUCUUCGUGCUAUUUAGUGUGAUGUCUAUAAUCUUGAAUGUAGCUGAGAAAAAUGACGCAGCUAAGACUAUCUCAUCAAUUCUGAGCAACGGAUCUGCUUCUAACAAUGCGGGUGCGAGCACCUACAACAGAGUUUACCAAUUCCACUAUGAUAAUUUCAGGUCUGAACAAAAUGGGAGGACAUCAAGUGUUCAAAUGGUGUUCACGAGUGUAUCGGGACAUUUGUUGUCGGUGGAGUUUUCACAGCAGCAGCAUAAGCAGUGGAAGAACUGUCGACCGGCUGAUCUAUUUCAGGCCCCAGUGGAUCGGUUUGUUCCAGACAACAUGAAAAACGUGCAGCGAAAUCUUGAAAACUUGGUGAGAAAUGCAACAUUGUUGGUUUUAUGGACAGAUUGUGAUAGAGAAGGUGAAAACAUCGGCUUCGAAGUGUUGCAAGUUUGUCGCAACAUAAAGUCUAGCAUCCCUGUCAAGCGGGCUAGGUUCUCGGAAAUGACGCCGGCUGCAAUUCAUCGUGCAGUCAAUAAUCUGGUGGCCCCGGACGAACGUCUCUCGGAAGCAGUUGAAUGUCGCCGAGAGUUGGAUCUCAGAAUCGGAGCGGCUUUCACGCGGUUCCAAACUCUCAGACUUCAGAGAUCAUAUGAGCAGUUGUGCAAUCAGGUAAUCAGUUUUGGACCGUGUCAGUUUCCUACACUGGGCUUUGUGGUGGAUCGAUGGAGAGAAAGAAACGAAUUUGUACAGGAACCAUUCUGGAAAGUCCAGGUUACGCAUAAAAGUGAUGGGCAAAACGGCACGCCCAAAUUCCACGUGGACUUCAACUGGAAUCGAGUCAGACUAUUCGACGAAAUAUUUGUUGAAGUGAUCUGUGACGAAUGUAAAGAGGCAAAUUUAGCAACUGUAACUAAAGUCGAGAACAGACAAAGACAGAAAUGGAGACCUGUCGCACUGGAUACAGUUGAACUAGAAAAGGCAGCUUCGAGGUGGCUCGGAAUCAGCGCCAGGGAAACUAUGUCAAUUGCGGAAAAGUUAUACACCUCGGGUUUUAUAUCUUACCCAAGAACAGAGACUAAUAUUUUCCCGAAGAAUUUGAACCUCGUGCCUUUGGUUGAAAUGCAAACAAGCGAUGGUCGGUGGGGGAGUUUUGCUCAACGAGUUCUGCAAAACGGACCCAAUCCCAGAAAUGGACAGAAAACUGACAACGCUCAUCCGCCUAUACACCCGACUAAGUAUGCCCAAAACUUGUCGGGCAACGAAACGAAAGUUUACGAAUUCAUAGUUCGUCACUUUCUCGCCUGUGUUUCUCGCGACGCGAUUGGCCACGAGUGCAAAGUUGAAAUCAAAAUAGCCGAGGAGAGUUUCCACGCGAGCGGGUUGUCAAUCAGCGAAAGAAACUACCUGGAAGUUUAUCCGUAUCAUUAUUGGGGUAAUAAGAACCUGCCUACUUAUCAAAACGGGCAACAAUUUGUACCGACGUCUAUAGAGGCGGUAGGAGGGAGUACCUCGCCACCUAAUUUAUUGACAGAAGCUGAUUUGAUUUCGUUGAUGGAGAACCAUGGCAUAGGCACAGAUGCCACACAUGCGGAGCAUAUUGAGAAGAUUAAGACGAGAGAUUACACGGCAGUCGUGAACAGACAAUUCCAUCCUUGUCCUUUGGGAAUCGGUCUGGUGGAAGGAUACGAAACUAUAGGUGAGCGAAUGAGUAAACCUGAACUUAGAGCUGAAAUGGAAAUUGAUUUCGAAGCUAUUUGCCAAGGUCGAAAAACUCGAGAACAGGUUUUGAGAACCCAAAUAGCAAAGUAUACAUCAGCGUUUAGUGCCCUAGAACGAGGAGCAAUUAAACUUGAAGAUGCUAUUCGAAAAUAUUUUGGUAUCAAUUCUCAAACUGGGUCAACGCAUGGUAGCAAUGAUGGCAGUAGUUUUAAUAGCAGCAGUAAUGUUAGUCAACAAUCAGAAGCAGUAAUGAAGUGCAAUCGCUGUUCAUCUGUUAUGUAUCUAAAACAAAAUCGACGAAGAAGUCACCCAGAAAGUCAAAAUAGUUCCCAAAAUCCGUUCUGGGAAAUCGUAUGUGACGGAUUUCCUAGCUGUAAUGCAAGUAUAAACAUUCCUAAUUUCGCAACUUCAGUUGAAGUUUCACGAACUAAAUGCUUAAGAUGUAGUGUUCCUAGUAGCGACUCGGAGUUACCAAAGUUGUUAGAAUUCCGAUUCAAACCGAAUUCUGUCCCGCCCUAUUUUGGUCUGGAGUAUUCAGGAUGUCUAGCUGGCUGUAAUUUGGACCUUCUUAAUCUUUUCCGAGAAACCUCAAAUUCUGGGAACCCCAAUCGUUCCGGGAAUGUUAUUAGUUCGCUUGGAUCAAGUCAUUUUUCAGCUGCGUCGUCGGCAGCGAAUAUGUCUCGUGAAUCUGAAAGAACUUCGAAUUCGUUCAAUCGGGGCUCGAAUAUUAAUUCAAGAAAUCAAGGACGCACAGUUACAAGUCGAGUUAGAGCUUCGGCGAAUCAAAAUAGAUCGCGAGGUCAAUCUACGAGUAGUUUUAGAAACAGUUCGAUACCUAGGAGAGGAUCCCGAGGAUCUGCAAUGUCGAGGGGUUCCAGAGGUUCAAGGACACCAUCGGGACCUUAUCGUGGUGCUUCGACAUCAAGUUGGAACCAGUCACAGCAAGGACCGGGUUCUAAUGUAAUAACACGUGAUUAUUCAACAAAUGGGAGUCAACCAACUCCAGGAGUAGUUCCUACUAUGAACUGUCUUUGUGAGCAGCAAGUGGUCGAGAGGACAGUGAGAAAAGAAGGUCCGAAUCAGGGACGAUUAUUUUAUUCAUGCGCUUCGAGAGGCUGCAAUUUUUUCUUAUGGGCUACCGAUAAUCCAAACUAGCUAUCUACAAUCGUCUCUUUUUGAUGG